AUGAUUAGCUUAGUGUCACUACUCGUCGCUACGGCGCUAGUAUCCCAAUGCUUUGUCGUGACCAAUGCAUUAGUUGAUCCUAAAAUUGAAAUGGACAACAGCUUGUUACCGAAUGAAGUGUUACCCGUCCGUCGUACUGCACAACGUAAUGCUUACGUGAAAAUAUCAGCGCCACCGCCGGAGAACGUGAAUUUUAUACCGGGGACUGCACUUGUAUUAGAAUGUGAAGUGCAAGGUCAUCCAUUACCGAUCGUGGGUUGGUUGAAAAAUGCGGUGCCCUUGUCUGAUUUUGAAGAAGAAGUAAACGAGAUUCUACCAAUGCAUCCUUCGGGUUACGGUCGCAUGGUUAAUCGUUUAGUGAUAAAUGAUGCUGAGAAUGGUGAUGUCUACACUUGUGUUGGAACUGCUGGUUUGAAAGAAGCCGUUGCCACUACUACCGUCUUUGUUGAAGGAAACCAACCGUUUUUAACAUCUAAAAUGUUUUCAACCAAACCAAUAAUUACUGGCUUCUAUCUGGACAUCUUUCAAAAUAUGGGCACAAGCCUCACUUUACCUUGUAGAGUAUACAGUCCGCUUAAAAGCCAAUUGUAUUGGAUUGAUAACAACGACAAUAUUGUCUAUGGAAAUAGCAGAAUGCGGGUGCUGCCAUCUGGAGACUUACACAUAAAGAAUUUGGCUUGGGAAAACAUGGGUGGCUACACUUGUACCGUAAAAAAUGCUUUUGGAAAAGAUUCAAUGAAUGCAUUCUUAUACCCAGUACAACCUUCAGAAUAA